CCACUCAGUAGCUGUGUCGCCGGCUGCCUGGGGGCCUGGAUAGUGAGGCUGCGUGGGCCAGACUGCCGGCUGGAGGACUUCAGUGUGUCUCCAGGCUACUUAAUAUCCUGCGUGGAGUCUCUGUUGGCUCAGUUUGACCAGGUAAACCUUGAGCUACACAUUAGCCUUGGCCUCACCGUACUGGUAUAUGAGGUCAACAUGAAGCGGCUGCACCCAGCUCUCCCUAGCUGCCUCCUAUUGGUGCUGUUUGGUAUAUGGAGAACUGCCCCCCAGACUCAGGCCUCAUCUGCUAGCCUGCCACCCCUCAGUGCCACCUCCUUCCUUGAAGAUCUCAUGAACCGCUAUGGAAAGAAUGACAGCCUUACCCUUACACAGCUGAAGUCCCUGCUCGACCAACUGCAUGUGGGAGUGGGCCGGGAUAAUGCUUCCCAGCCCAAGGAAGAACACAGAAACCUCUCCACGUGCUUUAGCUCUGGAGACCUCUUUGCCGCCCACAACUUGAGCGAGCGAUCUCAGAUCGGGAGGAGUGAGUUCCAGGAGUUCUGCCCCACCAUUCUCCAGCAGUUGGAGUCCCAGGCCUGCACCUCAGAAAACCAGAAGAGCGAGGAAAAUGAACAGACAGAGGAGGGGAAGCCAAGCGCCAUUGAAGUGUGGGGCUUUGGGUUCCUCAGUGUCUCACUGAUUAACCUGGCCUCGCUCCUGGGAGUCCUGGUCCUGCCGUGCACAGAGAAAGCGUUUUUCAGCCGUGUGCUCACUUACUUCAUCGCCCUGUCCAUUGGAACGCUGCUCUCUAACGCGCUUUUCCAGCUCAUCCCAGAGGCGUUUGGCUUCAACCCUCAGGACAAUUAUGUCUCCAAGUCGGCAGUGGUGUUUGGGGGUUUCUACCUUUUCUUUUUCACAGAAAAGAUCCUGAAGAUGCUCCUGAAGCAGAAAAACGAGCACCAUCAUGGACAUAACCAUUUUACCCCGGAGACACUUCCUUCCAAGAAGGACCAGGAGGAGGGUGUGACGGAGAAGCUACAGAAUGGGGACCUGGAUCACAUGAUCCCUCAGCACUGCAACAGUGAGCUGGAUGGCAAGGCGCCUGGCACGGACGAGAAGGUCAUCGUAGGCUCCAUGUCUGUGCAGGACCUGCAGGCAUCCCAGAGUGCUUGCUACUGGCUCAAAGGGGUCCGAUACUCUGAUAUUGGUACCUUGGCCUGGAUGAUCACCCUGAGCGAUGGUCUUCACAAUUUCAUCGAUGGCCUGGCUAUUGGUGCCUCCUUCACUGUGUCUGUCUUCCAAGGCAUCAGCACGUCAGUGGCCAUUCUCUGUGAGGAAUUCCCUCACGAGCUAGGCGACUUCGUUAUCCUGCUCAAUGCUGGCAUGAGCAUCCAGCAGGCUCUCUUCUUCAACUUCCUCUCUGCUUGUUGCUGCUAUGUAGGUCUGGCCUUUGGCAUCCUGGCUGGCAGCCACUUCUCUGCAAACUGGAUUUUUGCACUGGCUGGAGGAAUGUUCUUGUAUAUUGCUCUAGCCGAUAUGUUCCCUGAGAUGAAUGAGGUCUGCCAGGAGGAUGAGAAGAAGGACAGCAUUUUGGUUCCCUUUAUCAUCCAGAAUCUUGGCCUCCUAACCGGCUUCUCCAUUAUGCUGGUCCUCACAAUGUAUUCAGGGCAGAUUCAGAUCGGGUAGGACCCUGCCAGUGGAGAGCCAGUGGCAUUGGACAUUGGGCUCUGGGCCUCCAUCUGGUCCCUGGCCUGAGGACUCAGCAUCCACGAAGCAUCAUGGAAAAGGCAGCUCUUUAAAAACUGGCACAGACCACAUUCAGAUGUUCACUGUUUCAAAUGCUCUGUCCUAGGAAGAAGCUGCCCUGUAGGUAGUGCCUCAAACCGUUGUCUCCUGACUCUUUCCACUGAUGAUUCUGGAACUGAAACACCAUGUGUAGGACACACUUCUCUUUCCCUUCUGGUCACCCUUUCCCUUUCUCUUGGAAGAAGCACUGAGAGAUGUGGAAUCUUUUAUAAUAUACAGAAUGAACCAGUGGUCAUGGUUUGGUUAGAAAUGUCAGUGUAGCUUCCAGCUUUGGGGCCUGUGAUUCCAAAUGUGUGUACCCAGGAUUUCAGGUCAGUCCAUCUUGGCAUGGGUUCUCAUGUUUGUACAGGGAAGAGGGCAGAAGACAAGAAUCCUGUUUUUUUUGGCCUGUUAACUGUUCUCUGAAAAGGCUGACUUUCCAAUGAGUAGGGCAGGCAGAGAGGCAGGGGAUCGUCUGAGGGAGAAGGAUGUAGAAGUAGUGAUGGAUGUCCUGUCUCCUUGGUGCUUGGUUUCCAUAGGAUGAUGUGUGCAGGUUCUGUGCAGCAUCUGGAAUCACACAAUUAGCCGGGUGAGCCACUGUGGACAUUCUCUGGAGUGGCAAGAAGCCUGCAAAAUCAGUUGAUUUUGCCAUGAUUCUCUCUCACACUUCCUAUUGGCUUCCUUUUUCUAGAUACUUUGUAGAUGCCUCACUAAGAGCACACUCAGCACAUUUAAAGGUGUUUGCAUUAGGAGGGAAAUUGCACAAAUUAAUAUCCCCUGGUCAAGACCUCUGCCCUGUAGAACCUGACUCAUAAAAUCAGGACACAGUUGUUUAUGCCUUUUUGUGACCAAGGUAAUCCGGAAUGGAGUCAUUGCAGGCCAAACUUAGAACUUGCUAAUUGCAGAAAUAAUAGUUGAAUACCAUGGGACUCUAGACCUUGAGGUCAAAUCUUGAGGUCAGGACUGCAGACGUCAUUGCUGCCAGCGGGUUUUAAAGGGCACUGUGUAGCUACCACUUCCUCCCUGGUCCCAGACAACAAGAUUGAAUACUGAAUUGAA